GGACAGUGGACUACAAAUAUAUACAUGGCGUAAGCAAUGCGAUAUCUCUCUCUUUCUCUUUCUCUCUCUACCUCUGAUAUUUCGUCUGGCGGAGUUGCUUGAAAUAAACUCAUGCUCUUGUUUUUGCGAGCCGUAAACUCGUUCAUAUGGAUUUUGGGGCGGUUACCGGGAAGCGUGCCACUCCGGAAGGAGUUUCUUCUGACCCCUUCGACGAAAACCGCCAUGGAUCUCUGAAUUCCAAACGCGAAAGAUCUGAGCUCGCCGAGGACGCCUGGCGAGUGCUCCAACCUGAACAACCUGAUUUCUCUAGCAGUAAGGACACAGAAAAUUUUGCUGCUUUUGCAGGAUCCAAUCUGUGGACGUCGGCGGUCGACGAUGGGCAGAAGAUGCUGUCGUUUUCCUCCUCGGAGUCUCCGCCCGCUGUCGCGAAUGUUCCAGGCGGUACCAUAGAGUUUUCCGCCGCGCAGAAUGAGCAUUACGGAAGAACAGGAGGAGGGGUGGGGAUAAGGGAGGGUAUUCAUGGGAUGUUUACGGGGCCAAGGGGUCCUUUUACGCCGUCGCAGUGGAUGGAACUCGAGCAUCAGGCUAUAAUUUAUAAAUACAUUGUGGCAAAUGUCCCUGUUCCGAACAACUUGUUGUUGCCUAUGAAGAAUUCCUUGUACCCGUACGGAUCACCUGGAUCCUACACCAUGAACUUUUUGGGAUGGGGUCAUUCCAAUGUAGGUUAUUCCAACAGCGGUGAUCCUGAGCCGGGUAGAUGCAGGAGAACCGAUGGGAAGAAAUGGCGGUGCUCUAGGGAAGCUGUUCCCGAUCAGAAAUACUGCGAAAGGCAUAUCAAUAGGGGGCGUUAUCGUUCAAGAAAGCCUGUGGAAAGCCGCACUGCCCAUGCUAUCACUGGAUCCACUACUUUGAAGGUGACACCGGUUGCUUCUUCCCAAAAAGCAUCAGUGAUGUCCAGUAGCAGCGCACUCAACCGCAUAAGUUCGAUACAUCAUCAAAAGAAUCCUUUGCAGCCCAGUGCUGCCGACUCUGCUCUUGACCCCCCUGCCAGAUCGCAAGGAUUUCAACCCUCAACAACUGAUUUGAAGUCUAAAUCCGCGCCAUUCCCUACUCAAAAGUCGAAUCCAACAUAUGAAGAAUCGCCCAGCUCAGAACCAAUGGACGAAAACCCGGUUCUCCAAUUUAUCAAAGAUUGGAAAAAAGAUCAAACACCGAAUGUCUCACCUUCCUGGUCCGAAGAACUGAAUGCCGACUGGACUCAGCUCUCAAUGUCGAUCCCGUUCGCUCGGCAUCUUCCUUUGCCGCAUGACAAGCUCCCUGCAUCAACUCCAGCGCUAUCCCCCGAGCAGUAUCCGCUCCAUAUGAGCCUGGGGGUGAAUCACGACUCCGACAAACCCAGCCCAAAGAAUUUGUUUCAGCUGCCGGUUACGUGGGGGUGGGGAAAAUCCAUGGGCGGCCCACUCGGGGAGGCCUUGAACUGCAGCCCCCCGGCGAAUGCAGGCGAGAACCUCUUAUCUAUGAAAGCCGGGAAGACUACUGGUCCGCCGUCGGGACUGCCCCCAGCCGCCGCUCUGCAGAAAGGCUCGGUCAUGGCUGUGAAACAGCUAAACUAAUGCUCGAUGAAAAGGAGCUUGAAUAAUGUAUCGAUCUUAUCCGUCGUCGGAACUUAUGUACACUUUCUCGCCGUGUGAAUUUGAGGACGAUGAUAUAUAUAUAUAUAUAUAUAUAAUUAAGAUUCUGUGAUUUACAUUACAUAUACCUUAUAAAAAUGGGAUCUUGGAAACAUGGGUGUUUCUUGUGUUAU